UCCAUGGUCGCUAUCCUGGUUCAUCCAUGUGUUAUUGGGUUUAAGCUAGAGGCCACCGGUCCAUUAGUUAUAUAACCGUUUGACCGAUCCAAUGAUUAUGCUUAGGUGGUAAUGAAUUCGUAUCAAGAGUUAACUUGCAAUGGGGAGAAUAGCUCUCUUUUCGCUGUGGGCUACCGACCAGGAGAGGUCAAGAUAACGGACUUGGAUCAGGUAACCUUUACUGAACUUUGCUCGGGCAAUGAGAGUAACUCUUUAACGGAGGUUGGCACGGAAUAUUCUUUACAAGACCGUUACGAAUCCUUCUCCAGUCCCAGAUCUGCUACCGACGGCAAGAUAACUCAGCUCCAGGGCUUCUCAGGCUCGUGCAGCCCUCCCCGGACACAGAGUCAGGGCUUUUCCACCACGCCUCCGGCCUGCCUACACUACUCUCGUCUCCCCUCCUACCUUCGGACGGAUACUCCUGGACACGGCUCUUCCAUACACGACACAGAGACUGGGGCACUGGCUAAAUCCGAAUUCGGGUCUAUAAAUGCACAGAUACAAAUCUACACGCAUGAUGGGCCUAAUAUUCACUUUGCCGUUGUGGACAGUGGCUCUCACUUGGACCCCAACUGUAAGGUAGCCGAACUAAGUCACACCAGCAAAACUUUUGAGUGGAUGAAAGUGAAGAGAAGUCAACCUCGGACUGCCAAGAUGCACAUCGCCUGCGGAGUGAGCACUCCAGGCAUCAGAAUGGACAGAGAAGGUAGAGAUAAUCACGGCAUUCCCCCUAAUGGGUAUCAUCUUACUGCUAACGGGGUGCCUAGGACCAACUUCACCACCAAACAGCUCACUGACCUCGAAAAGGAGUUCCACUUCAACAAGUACCUGACACGCGCGAGACGAGUGGAGAUCGCUAGCGCCCUGGAGCUGAGUGAGACACAGGUGAAGAUUUGGUUCCAGAACCGGCGCAUGAAACAGAAGAAAUUAACGCGCGAGGGCCUUCUUCUUGCAUUGACCCCUCCAGCGUCCUCGAACUGCUUGGAAAGCUCACGCUCCAAUAGCUUGGACACCUGUCCCUCUCCUUAAUUGCCAUAUCAGUCCUCGUGCUCUGCCAAACACCUGAUGCCCCAAACACUAAACUAGAGGAACUGUCUUUUGCGUAAAAAAACAAGGUGUGUAGUAAGAGUGACAGUGUCAUCAACUGGCAGUUUUUUUUAAUUCUGUGUUUGGAGGAAUAUUAUUUUGCAUAUCAGUUUUAUGUAUUUAUGUAAGUAUCUAUUUAUUUAUUUGCGUCUCAAUUUGCUGAUGCUGUGGCGCCAGUAAACGAAAAACACAAUAGGCCUACAGAAACCGUAACUAAACAAUGUAUACUGAAUUUACGAAAAACAUUACAAAAGCCUUUAUUACAGACGCAGCAUUUAAAAAUAACAGUGAUUAAUGGCAGAAGAUAAAAAUACAACCGAUAAAACUAAGGAAAAGUCAGUGUGUGUGUUUGUGUGUGUGUGUGUGUGUGUGUGUGAGAGGUCUUGUUUUACGAAAACAACGAAAUCAGUGUUCGUUAAAUGUACAUAUUUGACACAUUUCUCACUUUCAGAUGCAUGUUCCUGGCCUACCUGAAACUUUAAAUUGGUGUAGCCUAUCCAAGAGAACAUUUCACAAUUGAAUAUAAAUAUAAUGAUUAAUGCACUCUGAGUUUAUACCAAAUAACAUAACUUUAUAUGCAUUUUUGUCCUGUUAUAUUUCUAUAUUUUGUUGUUUAUUAGGUUAUCCAUUAGAUUUCCUGGUAAUCACUUGAAUGUCUACAUUUCGACAUUACAAUUUGUCUUUAAGUUUGUAAUGGGAAAAUAAAUCAUUGAAAAUAUCUAGGAGGAUUUCAAAUAAUAACAAUUUCUUUGGAAUAACAAUUUCCAAAGAACCUGUCAUUUACAAUAUACGUUAUGCUCGAAUAGGUUGUUGUAUCUUGUUUAUACACAAGAUAGAAGUUAAAAUGGCAUUAUGUUAUUUUCUAUUAGGGCUACAUAUUUAAUGUUAUAGAAUAUAUAAGUAUUUUAGUUUUUUUACACCUUAAUUCAGCGUUUUUGUGAUCUUCGGAGGUUUCUCUCUCCUGUUCAUAACUGCGUUUCUAUAUCCAUAAUUGUUUUAAUUAUGCCGCCAGCCCGAAGGAUGGAUGUGGUAAUUGACUGAUAGAUUUAUUGACUGGCAGGUUUAGUGUAUUGAUCGACGUUAAUCCGACCAUUUGAAUCAAAUAUUUGCACCCAAUUCUAUAGAACAGUAACUGCAAAUUAAUGGGGAAUACACUUUUCUAAACGAGUAGGAUAUAGUCUAGCCAUAAACAUACAUCAGAAAAUAAUAAUCCACUUCUGAAUACUUGAGUUUGAACGCUCAUGCUUUCGGCAAUAAAAUGCUCUCUAAGCUAUCGUGUUCUCUUGUAAAUCAACCAAUAAAUUGCCUGGGCACAAGCCACUAUACGCCUCUGAAAUGUAUUUGUUAAAUAUUCGUUCUCAUGCCUCAUAAAAACGUUAUUAAUGGAGUAACAGGUUAUUCGUGGUGUUAAGAUGGGGACAAUAGUUUAAUGCCAUCUUUAAAACCAUGCAAGGGUAAGCCCAUUUUCUUUUUUAGAAGUAUCGAAUAGCCUACCUAAUUUGGUUUAGUUGAUUAGCUUUUAUGUGUAUUAUUUAUCACCAAGAAAUAUUUUUUACAGGACUGAAAAUGACAAAACAGCUGGAAACAGAAUUACUUCAAUUACUGUUAACUAUUGGACUACUUAAGUCUAUACCAAUGCCUUCAUUAAAACGAAUUGCAAUUACCUAUAGAAUAUUGUACAUAUUUUGGGGGAUAUUUUUAUAUUUUAUAAAGUUAUGGGCACGGUAACUUCAAAGUAAUGUAAACCAAAGUAGUCAUGUAGUUCUCCCAAGUAAUGUAAGCAGUAAUGUAUUCAGUCACUCUGGGGUUGAACUCUGACUCCGUGACCUCUGUCUUGCCUUCAGACAAAGAUGACCCGGUCAGUGAGUCAAGGAGAGAAAGAUGAUUGUUCAUCUGGUGACCUUUGAGUCUCACAAGCUCUUUGACUUUUCCAACAAGAAACUCCCUUACACUGUUGUUUUAAGACAAUAUUUCACCCAGAGUUGAAACCGGCAUGAAGAAUAGCAUUCUAUGGGAUGAUUAUAGCAUUCUGUUCACUUUACUGUUAUGUCUGUUACGAUCAUGCUUAUCUGAUAACAUUAGAUUUGUUUAGACUCCAUGGAAUUUUAUUUGUUAUGAAAUGGUUAUGCAACAAUUUCACAUGGAAAUUGUCUUAAUAUAAUUCAGCAUGCUCUUCCGUUGCUUGUCAAAAGUUAAUAAAAAUCGCAGUGCCUCUUUCCUCUUACAAGUUUCCCCAAAAGUGUUCCCUACAGUCACAUAACUUCUGUUCAUUACUUCAUUAGUCUUCACCUAGAGGAACGCGAAGAAACAAUGAAAUGCGUACUGGCCUAAUUCAUCAAGUUUAAGUCCAGUGCCCUUUAUGGCUUAUGGCUUGAAAAAGAUGAGAAAGAUCAGCUUGAUUGAAUCAAGGGGAGGAUAAUUAUAAAAGGCAAUGCACUGAACCCAAUGUAUUUUUAUAUUUUGCACAGUAAUUGAAAGUGAUUUGAAUACACACCAUUAGUUCUUUUUCCUGCAAUAAAACAUGAUGACUCUAUUAGAAAUGCCUGACAACAUCUAUAACUUUGUUUGCUGUAAACCAAGUUACAGGACGUACUCCCGGCUGUAGCGUAACGAUGUGGAUGAGGAUGGCCACAAGAAAUGUGUCGUAACGAUCACGAUAAUGGUUGUGUUGCAUUGCAAUUUGAUUCAAUUAGCAGAGUUUAGCCUUGGUAAAUAUUUACCAUUACCUUGUGUACACAGAGGUAGAGCCAUAGCUGGCUUUAAACACCUGUCUCACAUCCCUGGGCUUCUGAAAAGACAGUGCCAUUCGCCGUUUGACAGGGUCACCAUCGGCUGCCUAUCAAUUGAUGAGGGCACCUUUGCAUUUUAGUUCAGACUGACAUUAAGUUUGGAACCAUUCAACCAUUCUUGUUUGAUGGAUCUGUGGGCCACAUCUUUCCCCUCUUUUCCAGAGAUGUACAGCUCCCUCGUCAGAGUGACAGCUCUGUCAUGCGGAGACUAGCAAUAAGUGCUCAAACUAUAUACAACUGCCAAUGAUACAGUUGAACCCUGUCAAAACGUUCCGAACAGUUGGUUCAAAUGUUGUUUUACCACGAGGAAUUUUAAAAAGUUAUCUACCCGGGUUUCACUUAUUGGAUAGGAUUAAACAUGCUGAAAACGUCUUUGCAGAAAGGACAAAUAAUUUAAUUCAAUAGUUACUCCUGUUCUGUCAGUUACCUUUCCUAUCUGAAAUGCUAAUUCCUGCGGAUGACCUUUGAAAAACUGUCUGCAGAGUUCAUUAUGGUUAUAGCUGUAUGGACAGCUGUUGUCAUGCAUUCAGGCCCUAAAGCAGGAGAUAACUUAUUUAAAUGCUUAAUAAUGCAGAUAUAGGUUGCAUUACUUUUGCAAGUGAGUUUUUACUCUGGCUCUUAUUGUAAUUAAUUCCCAGCCAACCUAGUAUUCACAUGAAGCACAACACACAUGCGUAAGUGCACUCGGAAAUUAAGUCAAUUGAUCACCUCGAACAUUUCAUAACUACUAAUGAAUUGAAAUAAACUGGGCUCUGUGGUCACACACUCUCUGCAUCCUAUUCUCUCUCUUUCUCCUUUUCUCAGUCCUUCCCUCUCGCCCUUAUUCUUCCCAUGCGAUCUUCCUGUCAUUCCCUUGUCCUCUCUCGCACAGGUUGGACGAGUGGCCCUGUGAUGUUUAACAAUACAAUUAUUUGCUGGGGCAGCCAUUAAGGUACAACACCAUAAUUGUAUGCAUGUAGACACACAUACACGAGCGCACACAAACCAACGCACGCAGUAGAGUCCAUGCUGCUCCUCUCCUCCUCUCCUCCAGGGACCAGAUGCUUGGGGACAGCUUACAGCCUCAGCGUAUUUCUGUGUACAAAGCAAACAGCAGCACUCAGCAUUUCUGCCUGACGAAACAGAGAAAUACGGGGGAAGGGAGGUCUUGGAGUCAACCGUAGGUAUAGAGAGAGCUAGAGAUAGAUAGAGAGAGGAAGCGAGAGAGAGAGGUAGGUGGAGAGAGCGAGCAAGCGAGAGCGAGAGAGACAAAGAGACAUGGGGUGCACACAAAGGUAAAACUGUAUGAAGGUUGAAUGUUUAUUUCAUAGGAAUUCUCUCUCCCCUUCCGAUUGAUAUUGAAUAGAAACAGUUUUUUGUGUGUCUGAGACUAAGCUGUUUUUUGUUAGAUCAGAAAGGAUAUCUGGUCUCUGCAGGAAGACACAUCAGUAGAAUGAAUGCAGGUGGACGUCCUGGCAGAUCGUGUGUGGAGAUACUAACCUCUGUCCUACUGCUCUGUUUGUGCUGGUGCUUCGUAUUGCCCUUUGAAAAGCUGCACACCAGCACAAAGUGAAGAGGGGAUACCAAGCAAAAACAAUUAGGCCUCUCUACAGUUUGCUGAUGCUGCAUUCAAGA